AAUAAUGGAUACUCUUGACAGUCAUCGUGGCCGUGAAACGGCACCUGAAGCAAACAGACUACUGCAAAUGUGUUCUGGUCGUUCAUUUCAUGCGAUAUUUCACCGCCGAUUUGCACCAUUGCCUUAUAAGGAAAGACAGUCGUGCCUUUCUGCAAUAGGCCGAGCGCUGCAGCCUGCGGGAACCCUGCUCUUUAACCAUUUCACUGCUGAAUUUUAUUUGGUCUAACCGUAUGAAACAAUGCGACGAGGGCUUCGUCGUCAGUUUAACGUUUUUAUUUUGAAAGCGACGCAUCGAAAUAGUAUUCGCGCUGGAUAUGUACGUGUAAAUAACAACAAUUAAGAACUGUGUGUAUGAGCCAAUGGCAGUUAGUGGAUAGAUGUGUCUGACGUGUAACCAACUCUUUGUCCGUUUUUUGACAAUAAUUUUCACAUACAGUGAGCGCGACAUUGCGCACUGCCGUUUCCAGUCGAAACUUUAGGUUUGGUGCCAGAUGUCUGUGUGUCCGUUCAGCGCCAGGCCUAAGCUGGUUUAUUCUGUGAGUCAUAUCUGCACGCUCCUCCUGAAAGUGAUAACGGAACCGGCUGGUGCCUGUCUUGUCGGGGCUCGUCGGUCAGAAAUAACCCCGCUGGAGCUAAACCCUGCGGGGAUAGAGGAUGCUGACCUACAUCGGCUGCCACACAUCCACGGGCUAUCCUUUAACACCGCGAAAAUCCACCAGAAAAUCCCCGGCGACACGGUGCCAUCUGAAAUGUCAUCUCUUUGUGUGACCUUGACUCAGAGAGGAUAUGGAAAUCUAGUCAAUGUAAUGCGGAUAACAGUGACCGAGCUCUGACCGCUGUUUAGCUUCAUACAGCAAUGAUUCAUGCCGCAUUACCACCCCACACAGACGGCUCUAUCCGGUACUAUAGAAGCAUUAGAUGGACAUUUAUGUAACCAUUUCACCACGACUGGAGCAGGCCUUGUCACGGUGGCAGCGAUAAAUCAAUGUCGAACAGGCUGUGGCCUUGACGGUGUCGGGUGGUUGUCCCUAUCGUGAGCUUUCAGACAGAAGAACUGGGAUACCGGCCGUCUUAUUAUCACACGUAUAACCAACCGUAUUAUGUGCUCCGGCUCACAGACACGUGUCGGACAGCUCGCUGAACUCGCACGUACCCAGACAACUGAUGCCUUGUGACAGAACAUACAGGAGCAAGCAAAAGGCCUCGCUAAGCUGCAACAUUUAAGGGGCUGAGCAGCGCGUUCAGGCCAUGGCGGUUCGGAAUUACACGCUGUGUUCUUUCACAGCACCCUCUUGCAGUUAGAUCUCGCCUCACAUGCAGCGACACAGGAGGGAGAAAUGCUGCGUUCAGUGUCUCAUCUCAGCGCUCGUUAUUAUUAACACUAUUAUUUUUUGUAGAUUCACAAUCACACGUUGCAAGUUUACUUGAAUUUGGGUGGACAUAAGAAAUAACAUUAUGUAUGAUUAUUAUCUGUGUGCGGGCUCCUCUGCAGCUGACAAACAACAGCAGCUUACUUCACGCACUGGCACACCUUCUUAGCGAGAGAAGGAAGACUCAGUGAACUGCAGUGAAAACCUUUACAUUCUUCCAAGCACAUGAAAGCAGCCAGGGACCAACCCCCGCCCAUAUUACCUCCCCCUCGUCUGACGUUACUCCAACGGUUAUUUGCAUGAAGUGUUUUCUAGCUGCAUCUCCAACUCGCCUGCAGAACGAGUCUCUCCGAAGAGGGAAGCGAGGGAAUAGACGUGGUUAAAUACGAGGAGGAGGAGGGGGGCUCUUGUGUUUCACAUCCGAGGAACAGCAGGAAAAAACGGCCUGAAAGCGAGGACAAGGUAUCGGAUACCAAUAGCAGAGGGGGAAAAAAAAAACAGAAGAGCCGCUUCUCUCGUAUCGGAAAAUGGAGCUACCCGCCGCGGGAGAGCACGUCUUUGCGGUGGAGAGCAUCGAGAAGAAGCGCAGCAGAAAGGGGAAGGUUGAGUAUCUGGUCAAGUGGCGAGGAUGGUCUCCAAAAUACAACACAUGGGAACCAGAAGAAAACAUCCUGGACCCAAGACUGCUUGAUGCUUUCCAAGACAGGGAACGUCAAGAGCAGCUGAUGGGAUAUCGCAAGAGAGGACCCAAGCCCAAGCACCUUCUGGUUCAGGUUCCUUCUUUCGCACGGAGAUCCAGUAUUCUGGCAGACCUUCAUGAGACAUCCCUGGACGAUGACGGCUGUCAGAAGACCAGUCCCAUUCAGAUGCUCCGUCCCCAGGGCCAGCACUACCAGCUGAACAGCAAGAAGCACCACCAGUACCAGCCGCUGUGCAGAGACCGUGAGACCGAGCAGCAGGCCAGCGGCAAGAAGUUCUACUAUCAGCUCAACAGCAAGAAGCACCACCACUACCAGCCAGACCUCAAGGUGCAUGAGCCCAUAUUCGCUAAACCCCGAGAGGUAAAAGCCCCAGAGCUGGCUAACAAGGGGUACAACCUGCCCCCUGUGCUGCAGCAAAAGUGGGUCCGGGACAAGGACUCAGGCUGCCUCACCAAAGUUAAGGAUAUCACCAUGGAACUAAAGAAGCUUCCAGCAGACCUCAAUGGCCACAAAGAGCCAGAGAAGGUCAAACCUACAGAGGAUGCUUUACCACAGCCCAAUGGUGUCAGCAACAGCAAGCUGAAGAUCGUGAAGAAUAAAAACAAGAACGGGCGGAUUGUUAUUGUGAUGAGCAAGUACAUGGAAAACGGAAUGCAAGCGGCUAAGAUUAAAAGUGGUGAUUCUGAAACUGCAGAAAAACCACCGCAGGAAACGUACAACAGCACGGAAAACCACCUUGAGAAGAUGAGACUUGUCAAGAAGCUCGGCCUCAUGAAUGGAUUUGCAAAAAACCCCAAAGACAAAUCAGCUGUUUCCAGUUCUGGAUUUAACAGAGAUUGCCCCAAAGAAAAGGAACAGUCUCUCAAAAUGGAGCCAGCUGUGACGGAACAGGAUAAACAUGUCGAGGUCAGGGGUCAGGGUCAGCUUCCAGCAGAUCAGCCUUUACAACUGACAACCAAGCCUAAUCUGCUCUCCCUGCCUUCCGAUAGGGGAGUUCCUUCCCCAAUGGACAAAAGAGGAAGCGAAGGUGGACAACACGGCCUAAAGCGACACUUCUCUGACACAGACAAUGACGAGCAUGGGAAUAGUAAGAGGUUUCUGAGCUCCAGGAGUAUCAGUGCUCCUAACUCUGUAUCUUCUCCCACCCAAAGCAUCAGCAACCACCAAAAUGGACAGCGGAGUCACACUGGACUGCAGGACUGUGGUUAUGCUGACCAAGAGGAACCUAUUGACCUGAGGAUUGUCAAGUCCAGGCCUAAAGCUACCCAGGCUGAAACACAUACACAAGCUGAAAGCGCAACACAAGCUGACACGCACACACAGGACGAAACAGGCGUGCAAGCCGAAACACAAACGGACGCACAGACAGAAACUCAGCCCCAGAUUAAAACUACAGAGGAGGAGAAAGUCGAUCCGUUGUCUGUUUCUAACCACAAGAAAAGAAAAGAGGAAACGUUUCCCACUUUCCACCCUUUCCUUGGGAAUAUAGUGAUCACAGACAUUACUACGAACUGCCUCACAGUCACCUUUAAGGAAUACAUAACAGCAUAAUUGAACUGAGUACCAUCUGUGUAACUUUAUACAUGUACAUUGGAUACUUUUGUUAUUUCAGAUGCUUGAAUGUACAAAUAGACCGUUAAUAUUGUUUUUUCUUUGUAUAGUUCGGUUUGAAAGAAUUUCCUUUCUUGCGUUAUUUGCAUAUUUCUUCUCAUAAACUCUACGUGUUGUUUCCUCUGGAGAUUUUAUCACAUGCAGUGUCUAAAUUUCAGCUACUUCAAACUUAGUUUAAAAAGCAUAACUAGAUGAGAUAACUGAAGAUGCCCUUAACUCUUGUAAAUGCUCUUCACUUUUCUAUGGAUGUAAUUUGAUUACAUACUCAGUGGUCUGCGUCUCAGAUAAUGUUCAACAAAUGUAGGCUAUAUGGAGAAUUUUGUAAGGAAGAAAAAUUAUAUUGAAACAUGGUAAAUUACACUGUGUUGGUGUGUGUAUGAGAGUGUGUGUGUGCGUGUGUGUGUGUGCAAACAGAUGGACAGACUUAAAUAGGGAUACAUGCUGCUUGGACAGAUUAUGGCAUCAGGCAGUGCUUAAAGAAGCCGGAAAAGAAAAAUGAAGCGUCUAUCUGUCAAUAAAUGUGAUUUGCAUUGUUGAAAGGAAAA